CUUUACUCAUAGUUAUCUACUUCCUCCCUUUCGAUUCUCAGUUUUUCAAAAGAGGUGUCAGGUUAUGAUGAUACCUACGAUUCGAAAAUGCUACACAACAACUGUCAAGGGCUGUUGCAGUUGCUGAUGGCAGACCGAAAGUACUGUCAUCGUAGUAUAAAGAGAAUAUAGUAUACUACUACAUACAGCUAGAUAGAUGCGAGCUCACGUAAGACUAUCUUCAUUCAUCCAGUCGAGUCAGCGGCGAUUGUACAAAGAGUCCACUCAAUCCAGACACGUCCGAGGCCAACCCCGCAACUACAACAUAUAACCUAGGUAAACAGAUCGUCCGCAUAUUUUCAGCCGCAUCAACAAUACCUAUCUUUCCUUCCUGUUCUACUAUGUUUCUCUCGCAUUUGGAUAUAUAGAAGUUCAUUUAUGUCAAGUACCACUUCAACAAGACCACAUCCAUCUCCAUCUCGCUCUAUUCAAUCGACUCCACGACAACCACCCCCAAGCAUGACGCUCUUCACUCCCUCGCCCUCCGACCUAAAAGCCCUCUCCAGUACCCCCAAGACAAUCCUCAUAACCGGCGGCUCCUCCGGCAUCGGUCUCGCAACAGCAACCCUCCUCUCAUCCCUAAACCCCUCCCACAACUUCAUCCUGCUCGAUCUUCAACCUCCACCCCCAACAUUUACGCACGCAGCUUCCAACGUCCUCAUCCACACCUGCGACAUAACCUCCUGGUCCUCCCAACGCGCCGGUUUCGCCGCAGGCUACCAGCGCUUCGGCCGCAUAGACUGUGUAUUCGUCAACGCGGGGAUAGCCGAACACGGCGACCAAUUCUUCAACGAUGCAUUGGAUAGCGAGGGAGAACUGGCAGAACCAGAUCACCGGACGCUAACGUUGGACAUGAAUGCCGCGGCUGCUACGACCAAACUCGCCAUCUACUACCUGAGGAAGAACGGACCAGGGGGUGGUUCUAUUGUGUUGACAGCGAGUUUAGCGGGGUAUCUGGCUUCAGCGGGUGCGCCGUUGUAUUCUGCGGCGAAACAUGGCGUGGUGGGCUUGAUGAGGGCGUUGAAGCAGGAAUGUGCGAAGUUGGGCAUUAGUAUUUCGGUUGUUGCGCCUGCGAUUACGGUUACGCCUAUUCUGACGGCGAACAACACCAAGCUGGCUAUGCAGCCUGAUGCAUAUGCUAAGCAGAUGGCGGAGGCGGGUGUGCCGAUUAAUCGUCCCGAAGCUGUGGCGUUGGCGGUGUGUUGGUUGUUCAAUGAGGGGAGUAAGGCGAACGGGGCGGGCAUAUUCGUACAAGCAGAUCGGUUUGCGGAUUUGGAGACGGGAUUGGCGAAGAGUAGGCAGGCGUGGAUGGGUAAGGAGAUGUUGGAUUUGUUCCGUGGGGGAAGAAACGCGCCGUUGUUUGCGAGGCUGGAGCAGGAGGGAGAGGCGAAGGAAAAGGCGAAGAUAUAACCUACGCAUUCUCUACCCUGGGAUUAUAUUCUUGUGAACAGGAUUUUUAAGUAUUAAUCGUAGAGAGUGAUCAACUAGGACAGCAUAGAGAUGACCAGGUCACCGCGAAGACACAAUUAAUUGCACAA